AUGCGUCUAUUUGCUGCCGUUCUGCUGCUCGGUGCAAUGGUUCUAGCAACAACGGACGCAGUGCUGCAAGUGGACCAGUCAAGCUCGCUUGGUGUGGACAAUCGGGACGGUCCUGCGCAAAAGCCACUACUGAAAAGACAGAGCCACGUCGAAGAGAGGAUGUACGACGAACUUGCAAAGAUUUCGACUUCGUGGAUGCUGAUGAAAAUCAUGACGAAAAUGUUCGUUAACCUCGCGAGGGCGAGAAAUAGACCGUCAAUUGCUGCUCUUGUGCAGCAUGGGCGUGGGAAUGGCGCAGCAGUUCCUUUCACUGACACCGACGUGGAGGUCAUGGUCCACUGCUUGAACCUCAUUCGCGCGAGAAAGUCUGACGAGGAAGUGGUAAAGACUUUGAUCGAUAAACACAAAGACGCAGCGGUGGCAUCGAUGCUCACUGUGGCGAAGAGUACCGGGGACGAGCGUCUAACGGACCUCGCAGUCAGAUUGGAGAAGAAGCUAUUUGAGGGGUGGAAAAACGAUCAUCGAGACGCUGAGCAACUGUUCAAGUUUUUCAAGCUGGACGACGUGAUGGUACAGGCAAAGGAGGAAACUGACUUGAGCAAACGUGUUGUGUUGAUGUUUGAACCUCCAGCGUUCGGAGCUUGGGCAGGCUAUUUACGCCGUGCUAACACACGUCAAGGUGAGAGCGAGAUGGCCAAGAAGCUGGAUACGAUCUUUGGCGAAGACGAACUUAUCAAGAUAAUUGAGGCAGCAUAUAAAAGUGAAAACGCCAAGACGCGAGAGCUGGCAAAGUGGUUGGACAGGGGGAGGCCAAGACGUAUUGAAUACCCAAAAGACCUCGUGCGCUUGGAUGUGCGUGGGAAAAAUACAUGA